AUGUCCCUUCCCGCAGUGAGACGGCUGACCCACACGUCUCCCCGCACUUUGGCCCGCAUCUCCGUCUCCAGGUUGCCCACUUUCGCUUCUACUUCUCCCAUCACCGCCAUCGUGACUCCUACUGCCAAUCGUGCCCCUCGCUUUUCCACCAUGGCUGCUCGUCAAUCAGCUGCUCCUCCGGCGCAAGCCGACAAGUCUUACGACCCUGAGAUCCAGGAUAUGGCCAGUUACAUCCACCAGUACAAUGUGGACUCUGAUCUGGCGUUCGAUACCGCUCGUCUGGUGUUCCUGGACACUCUGGGUUGCGGUCUGGAAGCCUUGAAGUUCAAGGAGUGCGCGAAGCUGCUCGGCCCGGUUGUGGAGGGCACUGUGGUCCCCAAUGGCACCCGUGUGCCUGGUACUCCUUACCAGCUCGACCCGGUGAAUGGUGCUUUCAACAUUGGCGCCAUGAUCCGCUGGCUGGACUACAACGACUGCUGGCUCGCCGCCGAGUGGGGCCACCCUUCCGACAACUUGGGUGGUAUUCUGGCUGUAGCCGAUUGGAUUUCUCGCACUAACCGCGCAGGCGGCAACCUGGGCAAUGGCAAGAUCCUCAAAAUCCGGGAUGUUCUGGAGGCCAUGAUCAAGGCCCACGAGAUCCAGGGUGUCCUGGCUCUGGAGAACUCGUACAACAAGGUUGGCCUGGAUCACGUUGUGCUGGUCAAGGUUGCCACCACCGCGGUGGUCUCGAAGAUGAUGGGUCUGACUGAGAAGCAGACCGCUGAUGCUAUUACCCAGGCCUGGGUGGAUGGCCAGAGUCUUCGCACUUACCGCCACUCCCCCAACACCAUGUCCCGCAAGUCGUGGGCCGCCGGUGAUGCUUGCCAGCGCGCGGUCAACCUGGUUCUCAAGGUCCAGAAGGGCGAGGGUGGUCUGCACACCGUUCUCUCGGCUCCGGUUUGGGGCUUCUACGAUGUCCUCUUCAAGGGCAAGAAGUUCCAGUUCCAGCGCCCCUACGGCAGCUAUGUCAUGGAGAACGUUCUUUUCAAGGUCUCCUACCCUGGUAAGUACCUUACUGCCAUCGAGGCUGCCCAGAUCAUCAACAAGAAGCUGGCGGCUAUGGGCAAGAGCGCCAAGGAUAUCAAGGAGAUCACCAACCGUACCCACGAGGCCUGUAUCCGUAUCAUCGAUAAACAGUUCAAGGCAAUGGACAACUUUGCCGACCGUGACCACUGUGUUCAGCCCGACCAGUACAUGGUUGCCAACAUGCUUGUGUUCAACCGCCUGACUGCGAGUGACUACGCCGAUGGCUCUGAGGCUGCCACCUCACCUCUACUGGAGGAUCUGCGUCAGCGCAUCCGCUGUGUCGAAGAUGAGCAGUUCACCAAGGACUACCAUGACCCGUCCAAGCGCACCAUCCCCAACGCCUUGACCGUUACCCUCAACGACGGCACCGUUCUUGACGAGGUUGUUGUUGAGGCUCCUCUGGGCCACCGCCUGCGCCGCGAGGAGGCUAAGCCGGAGAUUCUGGCCAAGUACAAGCGUCAUCUUCAGGCGCACUUUGACCAGGCUCGUAUCGACGAGCUGCUGAAGGUGGGCUGGGAUCGCCAGCAGCUUGAGAACUACGAUGUCGACCAGUAUGUUGAUCUGUACGUCAAGGACAAGGUGAUCGCCUCUGCCUAG